AUGUCGACAUUUCCCACUCAGACAGCCUCCAGUAACAGCACUUCAAUGGCUCCCACCUUCUUGCUGGUGGGCAUGCCAGGUCUGUCAAGUGUACCAUCCUGGUGGACAAUUCCUCUCAUCACUCUCUACCUUCUCUCUGCCCUGGGAAAUGGUACUAUCAUUUGGAUCAUUGCUGUGGAACCCACCCUACACCGUCCUAUGUACUUCUUCCUCUUCCUGCUCAGUGUGUCUGAUAUGGGCUUAGCCACAGCCCUAAUGCCCACCCUGCUGGGUCUCGCCCUUGCUGAUGCUCACGUGGUCUCUGCUCCAGCCUGCCUUCUCCAGAUGUUCUUUGUUCAUGUAUUUUCUGUCAUGGAGUCCUCUGUCUUACUCACAAUGGCCUUAGAUAGAGCAUUGGCCAUCUGCCGUCCUCUUCACUACCCCACACUCCUCACCAAUGGUUUCCUUGGUAAAAUUGGCCUUGCAAUUGCUUUUCGGUGCCUAGGUCUCCAUCUACCCCUCCCAUUCCUCCUAGCCCACAUGCCUUACUGUCACCCACAAGUCUUAACUCAUUCUUAUUGCUUGCAUCCAGAUUUGACCCGUCUGGCCUGUCCAGGAACUUGGGGUGCAGUCUACAGCCUCUUUGUGGUACUAUCAGCCAUGGGAGUGGAUCCCUUGCUUAUUUUCUUCUCCUAUGGCCUAAUUGGUAAGGUCUUACAAGGUUUGGGAUCCAAUGAAGAGCGCUGGAAGGCUGGUCAAACCUGUGCAGCCCACAUCUCUGCUGUAUUUCUCUUCUACGUGCCCAUGAUCCUACUGGCACUUAUUGAUCGUCUUAGGCUGCCAAUACCUCAGCCUGCCCAUACUCUUCUUUCCUAUGUCCACUUCCUACUUCCUCCAGUAUUAAAUCCUAUUCUUUAUAGUGUCAAGAUGAAGGAAAUUAGAGAGAGAAUACUCAAGAGGUUGCACCACAUGAACGUGGGUUUUAUUCAGUAA